AUGGAUGAUGAUGAUUUUGGUGGUUUUGAGGCUGCAGAGAUUUUUGAUGGUGGAAAUGGGGAAACCCAAACUACAUCUCCUGCCAUUCCUUGGGCUGCUUUUCCUGCAGUAUCUGGAGUCCAUCUUUCUCCAGCUUCUCCUGAGAUUGUAUUGGACCAUGACCACACUUCCCCUUCAGUUGGCUGCCUCUCUUCUGAGCCCAUUAUUGCAUCACCAGAGAAUACACAUGCAGAUAACAGCAUUGGCAGUCAGACUCUUCCUAAAGCACAGAUUCAGCAAUCAACACACACUCAUCUGGAUAUCUCACUUUUUCCACUGGGUUUAACUGAUGAGAAAAGUAAUGGAACAAUUGCUCUUGUGGAUGAUUCUGAGGAUCCUGGAGCCAAUGUAUCAAACAUACAGCUUCAGCAGAAAAUUUCCACUCUGGAGAUGAAACUCAAAGUUUCUGAAGAAGAAAAACAGAGAAUUAAAAAGGAUGUGGAAUCAUUGAUGGAGAAACAUAGUAUCUUAGAAAAAGAUUUCCUUAAAGAAAAAGAGCAAGAGGCCAUUUCUUUUCAAGAUAGAUACAAAGAACUUCAGGAAAAGCAUAAACAAGAAUUGGAAGAUAUGAGGAAAGCGGGACAUGAAGCCCUCAGCAUUAUAGUGGAUGAAUAUAAGGCACUACUACAGUCUUCAGUUAAGCAACAAGUAGAAGCUAUUGAAAAGCAGUACAUUUCUGCAAUUGAGAAACAAGCUCACAAGUGUGAAGAGUUGUUAAAUACUCAGCAUCAGAGGCUCCUUGAAAUGCUUGACACAGAGAAGGAACUGUUAAAAGAAAAAAUAAAGGAAGCUUUGGCUCAGCAAUCUCAAGAACAGAAGGAAAUACUGGAAAAAUGUUUGGAGGAAGAAAGGCAAAAAAAUAAAGAAGCAUUAAUAUCUGCAGCAAAGCUUGAGAAAGAAGUGGUGAAGGAUGCAGUUUUAAAAGCUAUAGAAGAAGAAAGAAAACAUUUGGAAAAUGUCCAUGCUGAAGAAAGGGCGCUAUGGAAGACUGAGCACGCAAAAGAUCAAGAGGAAAUGUCUCAGGCAAUUCAAAAAGCUGUACAAGAGCAGAGAGAAAUUAGUCAGGAAACAGUUAAGGCAGCAAUAAUAGAAGAGCAGAAACGAAGUGAAAAGGCUGUGGAAGAGGCAGUGAAGAGAACAAGAGAUGAACUGAUAGAGUAUGUAAAGGAACAGAAAAGGCUUGACCAAGUCAUCCGCCAAAGAAGCCUGUCCAGUUUGGAACUGUUCCUUUCCUGUGCUCAGAAACAGUUAAGUGCUUUAAUAGCUACAGAACCAGUUGACAUUGAAUAA